GUUCGUCAAUCAGUGAUGCGGUUGAAUGCCGAAUGGUUGUCCGUUGUUGGAUCGUUUGAUGUAUUCUGCGCUGAUAAAAAAAAAAUAAUAAUAAUAAUCUAAUAUCAUAAAAACAACUUUCGACAGUCACUCGUCAGUCGUCAGUCGUUACUGCCCACUGGUCACUAUUACUGUAAGACGCUAGCGGGUAGUGUGUUUGCGGAGCGCGGCUGUCAAUCGCGUAUGUAGCUUUGCCUGAAUCUAGUCACAUUCGCCUACAAAUAAUUAGUGUUGAUUAUUAAAUAUAUAAAAUUAUUACUGCGUUAAUCGAAUAAUCCGACGUCCGACGUACUUGUUAUAACUUAAUAAUAUUAUUAUACAUCCACACACUAUGGCCGAUGAAGACUCGCCACACGCCAAUGGCAACGGACUCGAAGAAAAUGGUCAUGUACCGGAAAUUGAGCUCAUCAUUAAGGCUUCAACAAUUGACGGUCGACGAAAAGGAGCAUGUCUAUUUUGCCAAGAAUAUUUCAUGGAUCUAUAUCUACUUGCCGAGCUAAAAACCAUCAGUCUUAAAGUCACUACAGUAGAUAUGCAAAAACCUCCUCCCGAUUUCAGGAGUAACUUUGAUGCAAAUCCUCCACCGAUUUUAAUAGACAAUGGAAUGGCUGUUUUGGAAAAUGAAAAAAUCGAAAGACAUAUCAUGAAGAACGUGCCAGGUGGAUACAAUCUAUUUGUGCAGGAUAAAGAAGUGGCCACGCUGAUUGAAAACUUGUACAGUAAGCUGAAGCUGAUGCUAUUAAAAAAAGACGACGUAAGCAUAAAUAGUCUGUUGUCUCACUUGCGUAAGAUAAAUUUGCACUUAGAGAAGAAGAACACGCGGUUUCUGACUGGUGACACAAUGUGCUGUUUUGACUGUGAAUUGAUGCCCCGCUUACAACACAUCAGAGUAGCUGGUAAAUACUUUAUGGACUUUCAAAUGCCGACCGACCUGAGGUACCUGUGGCGUUACAUGUUGCACAUGUACCAGCUGGACGCGUUCACCCAAAGCUGUCCGGCCGACCAAGACAUCGUCAACCAUUACAAACAACAGCAGAAUCUCAUGUUACAGAAUGUCAAGAUGAAGAAACACGAGGAACUGGAGACGCCAACGUUCACCACGUCCAUACCGGUGGAGCUCGACUUGCAGCAAGACGAAUAGAGUGGCUGAAGGUAUGGUAGUACCGUACGUGCGAUAAUACCAUCGCCUACCAAUCUAUGUACGGCUAUACAUAUAUAUAUAUAUAUAUAUAUAUUAUAUUCAGUGAUGUAACACGACGAUUCUCCAUCCUCGUCAUCCGCAGCUGCAGUACCUACACAAUAUAUUAUACGAAUAAAUACGCAUAUUACAGAAUGUCACGAUGACA